AUCAAAACAAACUAUUGGACGUAAAUAUGUUGCGUGUUGUUCUUGGAUUUGCGGAGUUUGUGGCAUGGUGUAUGUGCACCUGCGAUUGCAACCCCAAACGUGCCGCUGCCUUACAGUUGUUGCCGUUACAUGCGGCAUAGAGGGACUUAAACACUAUUGACGGUUAUUACCCGACAGUGAUUCAUUAAAUAGAACAAUAUGUACUCAGUUGGAAACGACAAUAACAAAAACAUCGACGUUAUUGUGUUUAAUAUUAAAGUGUAAGCUGCAACGCCGUUAUCCGUCCCGAUCGAUGCCUCACUGCCACAUAAUGGUUUAUAUGCGAAUUGUAUUAACAACUUUGGUUACAAUAACGUGCUUGCUGGGCGACAAUUUCUUAGAGCUGACGCAGCACCCACUGCUAAAGGCUUUGGCCGACAAUGCCACCCAUGCUGCAAUCGGUGCCUUGACGGGCAUUGCAUUUGCAAUGCAGUUCUAUGAGCGCACUACACAACUAUUUGGUUGGCUAUUGAUUUUCACAUGCUUUGUUGUGUCAUCGUUCAUCGAUUUGGAUCACUUUGUGGAGGCGCGUUCGCUGUAUUUGGAGGAUGCCACCAAUUUGUCCCGUCGGCCGUUUCUACACUGCUCCAGUAUAGUGGUGGUUAUGUUGAUAUUUUACAUUUGCACCGCGUGCCUCAAUUAUUUCCGCACCAGCCUAAUGCUGGGCGCGCUGCUUUGUGCCUUCAUUACUCAUCACACACGGGACGCAGUACGUCGCGGCUUUUGGUUCUGCCCCUUCGGGCACACUUCGCCCUUGCCGCACACCGCUUACAUACUGGGCAUAAUUGUAACGCCUCAUCUGUUGGCCUACAUUCAUGAAAUUUGUCGCAGCCCUUUGCUACUCAACUUUUUGGGUCAAUACAUUAAGCUAAGCGAGUGCAAUUAUCGUAGCAGCGGCGGGGGUUAUCGCUAUUUACAGGUAUAAGGAAACAUACAUAUGUAUAAUGUGAUAGGAUCGUAAACUAAUGAAACUUUUACAAAAAUCAUUCAAAUUGAAACUUUGCUUUUAGGCUUCAAGCGCAUACAAUUAGCUUUAAAAUUCUAACCAAACAACUAAAAUACUUCCACAUUACAGGAUUCAAUUUUAAUGAAUAUAAAGUUUUUCUAGUAAUUAUGGGCAUUUUAUUAAACUAUACUAUUUUUUUUUUGUACUAGAAUCAUGAACACAGAUAAUAUCCGAAUUUGUGAUAUUUAUAGCAUAAGCCUAUAGUGUAGUAAACUUGAUAUGUAAUACUAAUCUAGUGUAACGCAUAGCGCACAAUUAAUGAACCUUUCCACUUCCAACUUCAAUAACAAUAAUAAUAAUAAUAAUAUGUAGUAACAACAAUAAGCUGGCCAAAGGGAAACUAGAUGUAGUUAAGAAAAUUUCGCUAAUUACAAUUUAUAAUAAAAUGCAACUACACAUUGCCCUCAAAAGGGACUAUUAAA